GCCCUUUUAAUGAUGUUCCCUGUGCAUUCAAUACCUGAGCUUCCUACACAUCAAAUAGCUGCCAUGUAUCUCUCACUGCAGUUGUGCAUUUUGAUGAUUUUUAUAAUUUAUUCAGUGCACAGUGAUGUGGAGCUGCAUCAAAAGGUUGUAAUUACUAAAGCCAUCACAAAGCUUGCCAAGAUAGACUGUACCUUCCUUUCAGAGUGUAGAUAUUACAUUCACUGGUAUCAGAAGAAAGAAGGUGAACCUUUCAAAAGAGUUCAGUAUGUAAACAUCUAUGACCAAACCAUCCGCAAUGAACCUGGUUUUGAGACACUGAAAUCUGAGAAGAUUGGAAAUCAGGUUGUUUUGAUAAUCCUCAAUUUAAUGAAGGAGCAUUCAGCAACUUAUUACUGUGCCUGCUGGGUGUCAGGCAGCACAGUAUACUACUACAAAGUAUUUGGAUCUGGAACUCAACUUAUUGUUACUGACCCUGGAAAGGACCAAGUCAAAGAGCCACAAGUGUCAGUGUACCCAGUGUCAAGACAAUCAAAUGGAAAGUCUGUACUGCUGUGCCAGGCAAAAGGAAUGUUCCCAGAUCUGGUGCGAUUUAAAUGGAAAACAAUAGAUCAAGAUGGGAGAACUAUGGACCUGAACACAGAAGAGCGUCUGGAGCAGAGAGACAAGGACCCGGAAGUCCGAAUAACCAGCAUGCUCAUUGUCGACCAGCAAAAAGCCAUGAACAAUAAAUUCAUCUGCUCUGUUCAACACACCAACAAUGCUAAAGAGCAGGAAUUAGUCAUUUCAAAAGAAUCAAAACCGGGCUUAUUUAUUUCCUGCCCACCUCCAAAAGCAGAAGAAAUGGAGGAAGAAGAAUUUAUGGAUUCUGGUUUGUUUAAUCCCAGUCCCAGUCUGUAUUUGUUCAGCAUGACGUAUAUAGUACUGUUGGUAAAAAAUUUACUGUACUUCUGCACUGUUUUUGUCUUACUGUGCAAGAGAAAUCCUGCUAACAUGAAUCUAAUUAGAGGCAAAGCUCUUUAAUCAGUCCAUCAGCCAAACAGAAUAACUCAACACAUCAAUGUCAUCAACAUAAAUACUGUAUCUAUCUAUCUAUCUAUCUAUCUAUCUAUCUAUCUAUCUAUCUAUCUAUCUGUCUAUCUAUCUAUCUUUGUUUUUAAUGAGAGGAUUUACUUGAGAUAACUUUUUUGUACCUUUUUAUUUUACCUUGUUUUUUAUGUUAAAGUUUAUAAUUACUUAAAUUGUAUUUUAAACAUGCAUGUUUUAUAUACAGAUACUAUUAAAUCUAUUGUAUCUAUUUUGUGUAUCUAUACUCAAUUCAAUUUAAAUUUAUAUAAAAAAAUUUGUUGUAUAGUGCUUUCAACAGUAAUCAUUGUCACAAAGCAGCUUUACAGAGUUCAAAAUGUAUGAAAAUUAAUUAUACAUGUACACAAAAUCGUAUAGACUAUCACUAUAAGUUUGUUUUAGAUUAUCUAUACUAUUUAGGAAACAUUUUGUAUUAGAUUUUUUUAACAUAUAUUGUUGUUUUGUACUAUUGUUUUAAUACUUUUUUCAAGUACAUUUACAAGAAAUUUUAUGAAAAUAAUCAAAGUCAUUAGUGAUUGAUUUGUUACGUGUUUAGCUAAUAAAAUAUUCCAUGGACCAUCAAUGAUAUGGUAC